UAUGCUUGGCUGGCUGGGAGUCAGUCGAAGCUUUCGGCAGCGACUGAGACGGUUAAGGGGGAAAUGGCUCGGACGGUAGCGGCGGUGGCAGCUCCGGUUGUGGUGGAGGGAGAGGCUCAGGCAGCGUGAGGUCUUGCUAUUUUGGAAGCUACAAGGAAAAAGAAAUUAAGGGAAAGUUUGUUUUUUUAAGUUGACAUGGCUCAGAUAUCCAGCAAUAAUGGAUUUAAGCAGUGUUCAUCUUCACAUCUGGAACCAACAAGAACUAAAGAUGUGGACAAAGAAGAAGCAUUACAGAUGGAAGCAGAGGCUUUAGCAAAACUGCAAAAGGAUAGACAAGUGACUGAUAAUCAAAGAGGCUUUGAGUUGUCAAGCAGUACUAGACAAAAAGCACAAGUUUAUAACAAACAGGAUUAUGAUCUCAUGGUGUUUCCUGAAUCAGAUACCCAAAAACGAGCAGUAGAUAUUGAUGUAGAAAAGCUCACCCAAGCUGAACUUGAGAAACUAUUGCUGGAUGACAGUUUUGAGACUAGGAAAACACCUGUGUUGCCAGUUACCUCUGUUCUGAGCCCUUCAUUUUCAGCACAGCUCUAUCUUAGACCUACUAUUCAGAGAGGACAGUGGCCACCUGGAUUAUCUGGGCCUUCCACUUCCACUUUACCUUCUAUUUACCAGUCAACUUACAGUAGUAAACAGACUGCAUUCCAAAAUGGCUUCAAUCCACGGAUGCCUACUUUUCCAUCCACAGAACCGAUGUAUUUAAGUCUUCCAGGACAGACUCCAUAUUUUUCAUAUCCUUUGACACCUGUCACACCCUUUCAUCCACAAGGAAGCUUACCUACCUACUGUCCAGUAGUCAGUCCCGACAUGGCAAAGCUGUUUGACAAAAUAGCUAGUACAUCAGAAUUUUUAAAAAAUGGAAAAGCAAGAACUGAUUUGGAGAUACCAAAUUCAAAAACUACAAUCAGUAAUCUACAGGUAUCUGCAAAGUCUGAAGAUAUCAGUAAAUUUGACUGGUUAGAUCUGGAUCCUCUAAGUAAGCCUAAAGUGGACAAUGUGGGUGUAUUAGACCAUGGAGAAGAGAAAAAUGUUCCAAAUAUUCCAGGUUUGCUAGCUGAGGAUCCUUGGGAUGCUGUUCUUCUUGAAGAGCAAUCACCAGCAAGUUGUUACCUUGAAAGAAAGGUGAAUGGAAAAUCUCUUCCUGGGGCAACAGUAACAAGAAGCCAGUCUUUAAAUAUUCGAACAACUCCACUUACAAAAGUCCAGGGCCAAAUAUCUCAGAAAGACCCAAAUGGGACCAGUGGUUUGCCAACUGGAAGGUGUGUUCUACAAGAAACUGAAGUACAGAACGGGGAAGUGGCAGCUUUUUGUCAAUCCAUUGCAAAAUUGAAGGCCAACUUUCCAUUUACCAAUCACUAUACAAACCCAGGGUAUUUGUUAAGUCCAGUCACAGUGCAAAGAAACGUAUGUGGAGAAAAUGCUAGCGUGAAGGUCUGCAUUGAAAUUGAAGGAUUUCAACUACCAGUUACUUUUACAUGUGAUGUGAGUUCUACUGUAGAAAUCAUUAUAAUGCAAGCCGUUUGCUGGGUGCAUGAUGACUUGAAUCAAGUAGAUGUUGGCAGCUAUGUUCUGAAAGUUUGUGGUCAAGAGGAAGUGCUGCAGAAUAAUCAUUGCCUUGGAAGUCAUGAACAUAUUCAAAAUUGUCGAAAAUGGGACACAGAGAUUAAACUACAACUUUUGACCUUGAGUGCAAUGUGUCAAAAUCUGGCCCGAACAGCAGAAGAUGAUGAAACCCCUGUGGAUUUAAACAAAUACCUGCAUCAAAUAGAAAAACCUUAUAAAGAAGUCAUGACAAGGCACCCUUUUGAAGAACUUCUAGGUUCUUAUCACAGCCAAGUGGAACUGGCUCUUCAGAUUGAAAACCAGCACCGAGCAGUAGAUCAAGUAAUUAAAGCUGUAAGAAAAAUCUGCAGUUCUUUAGAUGGUGUAGAGACUCUUGCCAUUACAGAAUCAGUAAAAAAGCUAAAGAGAGCAGUUAAUCUUCCAAGGAGUAAAAGUGCUGAUAUGACUUCACUAUCUGGAGGAGGAGACACUAGCAAAGGUUCAGCUAUGGGCUCCCUGAAAUCUGGAAACCCUGUUCAAGUAAGCCUGGACCAAUUAACUGCAGCAGUUUAUGAUCUUCUGAGACUACAUGCAAAUUCUGGUAAGAGUUCUACAGACUGUGGCCAAGGUAAGAAGAGCAUCAAGGAAGCAUGGACCACAACAGAACAGCUCCAAUUUACAAUUUUUGCAGCACAUGGAAUUUCUAGUAACUGGGUAUCAAAUUAUGAAAAAUAUUACUUGAUAUGUUCCCUGUCUCACAAUGGAAAGGAUCUUUUUAAACCUAUUCAAUCAAAGAAGGUUGGCACUUACAAGAAUUUCUUCUAUCUUAUUAAAUGGGAUGAACUAAUCAUUUUUCCCAUCCAGAUAUCACAGUUGCCAUUAGAAUCACUUCUUCACCUUACUCUUUUUGGAAUUUUAAAUCAAAGCAGUGGAAGUUCCCCUGAUUCUAAUAAGCAGAGAAAAGGUCCAGAAGCUCUGGGCAAAGUUUCUUUACCUCUUUUUGACUUUAAACGGUUUUUAACAUGUGGAACUAAGCUUCUGUAUCUUUGGACUUCAUCACAUGCAAAUCCCAUUCCUGGAACAGUCCCCAAAAAAGGAUGUGUGAUGGAAAGAAUAGUGUUACAGGUUGAUUUUCCUUCUCCUACAUUUGAUAUCAUUUAUACUUCUCCUCAAGUUGACAGAAGCAUUAUUCAGCAACACAACUUAGAAACAUUGGAAAAUGAUACAAAAGGGAAACUUCUUGAUAUUCUUCACAGAGACUCAUCACUUGGACUUUCUAAAGAAGAUAAAGCCUUUUUGUGGGAGAAACGUUAUUAUUGCCUCAAACACCCAAAUUGUCUUCCUAAAGUACUAGUAAGUGCCCCAAACUGGAAAUGGGUUAAUCUUGCUAAAACUUACUCAUUGCUUCGGCAGUGGCCUCCCUUGCAUCCACUGACUGCGUUGGAGCUUCUUGAUUCAAAGUUUGCUGAUCAGGAAGUUAGGUCUGUAGCUGUGACCUGGAUUGAAGCUAUUAGUGAUGAUGAACUAACAGACCUUCUUCCACAGUUUGUGCAGGCUUUGAAAUAUGAAAUUUACUUGAACAGUUCAUUAGUGUGCUUCCUUCUGUCCAGGGCAUUGGGAAAUAUACAGAUAGCACACAAUUUAUAUUGGCUCCUCAAGGAUGCCCUAUAUGACGCACAGUUUGGUACCCGAUAUGAACAUGUUUUGGGAGCUCUCCUCUCAGUGGGAGGAAAAGGACUCAGAGAAGAACUUUUAAAACAAACAAAACUUGUACAGCUUUUAGGAGGAGUAGCAGAAAAAGUAAAGCAGGCUAGUGGAUCAACCAGACAGGUUGUCCUCCAAAGGAGCAUGGAACGAGUACAGUCCUUUUUUCUAAGAAAUAAAUGCCGUCUCCCUCUCAAUCCAAGUCUUGUGGCAAAAGAAUUAAAUAUUAAGUCAUGUUCCUUCUUCAGUUCUAAUGCUGUGCCCCUAAAAGUCACAAUGGUGAAUGCUGAUCCACUGGGAGAAGAGAUUAAUGUCAUGUUUAAGGUUGGUGAAGAUCUUCGGCAAGAUAUGUUAGCUUUACAGAUGAUAAAGAUUAUGGAUAAGAUCUGGUUAAAAGAAGGACUGGAUUUAAGAAUGGUGAUUUUCAAAUGUCUCUCAACUGGCAGAGAUCGGGGCAUGGUGGAGCUAGUUCCUGCUUCAGAUACCCUCAGGAAAAUCCAAGUGGAAUAUGGUGUGACUGGAUCCUUUAAAGAUAAACCACUUGCAGAGUGGCUGAGGAAAUACAAUCCUUCUGAAGAGGAAUAUGAAAAGGCUUCUGAAAAUUUUAUCUAUUCUUGUGCUGGAUGCUGUGUAGCCACCUAUGUUUUGGGCAUCUGUGACCGACACAAUGACAAUAUAAUGCUUCGAAGCACAGGACACAUGUUUCACAUUGACUUUGGGAAGUUUUUGGGCCAUGCACAGAUGUUUGGCAGCUUCAAAAGAGAUCGGGCUCCUUUUGUACUGACCUCUGAUAUGGCUUAUGUCAUUAAUGGGGGUGAGAAGCCCACCAUUCGUUUCCAGUUGUUUGUGGACCUCUGCUGUCAGGCUUACAAUUUGAUAAGAAAGCAAACAAACCUCUUUCUCAACCUCCUUUCGCUGAUGAUUCCUUCAGGGUUACCGGAACUUACAAGUAUUCAAGAUUUGAAAUACGUUAGAGAUGCACUUCAACCCCAAACUACAGAUGCAGAAGCUACAAUUUUCUUUACCAGGCUGAUUGAAUCAAGUUUGGGAAGCAUUGCCACAAAGUUUAACUUCUUCAUUCACAACCUUGCUCAGUUGCGAUUUUCUGGUCUUCCUUCCAAUGAUGAGCCCAUCCUUUCAUUUUCACCCAAAACGUACUCCUUUAGACAAGAUGGUCGAAUCAAGGAAGUCUCUGUUUUCACUUAUCAUAAGAAAUACAAUCCAGAUAAGCAUUACAUUUAUGUAGUCCGAAUUUUGAGGGAAGGACAACUUGAACCAUCAUUUGUGUUCCGGACAUUUGACGAAUUUCAGGAGCUUCACAAUAAGCUCAGUAUUAUUUUUCCACUAUGGAAGCUACCAGGCUUUCCUAAUAAGAUGGUUCUGGGAAGAACACACAUAAAAGAUGUAGCAGCCAAAAGAAAAAUUGAGUUAAACAGCUAUUUACAGAGUUUGAUGAGUGCCUCAGCAGAUGUAGCAGAGUGUGAUCUUGUUUGUACUUUUUUCCACCCUUUACUUCGUGAUGAGAAGGCCGAAGGAAUAACUAGGUGUGUAGAUGCAGGUCCCUUCAGUCCUACUCCAGGCCAAAUAGGAGGAGCAGUGAAGUUAUCUGUCUCUUAUCGAAAUGGUACUCUUUUCAUCAUGGUGAUGCACAUCAAAGAUCUUGUUACGGAAGAUGGGGCUGACCCAAAUCCAUAUGUCAAAACAUACCUGCUUCCAGAUACCCACAAAACAUCCAAACGUAAAACCAAAAUUUCACGAAAAACUAGGAAUCCAACAUUCAAUGAAAUGCUUGUGUACAGUGGAUAUAGCAAAGAAACCCUAAAACAGAGAGAACUUCAACUAAGUGUACUUAGUGCAGAAUCUCUGCGGGAGAAUUUUUUCUUGGGUGGAAUAACCCUGCCUUUGAAAGAUUUCAACUUGAGCAAAGAGACGGUUAAAUGGUAUCAGCUGACUGCAGCAACCUAUUUGUAAGCUAGUGAAUUUCUGAGCUUUGAAAGCAAGAACAGUCAUAAACGUGCACUGUUUAGGCUAACAAGUAUGAUUGUGAACUUCGUAUAGUAUUUUUAUAUUUAGAUAGAAAUUACAAAGUAAAGCUGCUUAUUGCAGUUCAACACAUCUAUUGGACCAACAGUCACAUAACUUUCAUGAAUUCGUUGAAGUCAUUGCCGUUUUAAAAGUCAUUAUAUAAAGAAUGCUAUAAACCCUAAACUUAAUAUAUAGUAAGUCCCGAAAUAUGAGUUGGUUAAGGAUUUAAUCCUUUCUUUAGUAAUUCAAAGUAACAGCUUUAGUUUGGUCUGACAGUUCUGUGUCAGUUCUGCCAUCAGUUUUGUAUUGUUUCUUACAUAGACACAUUUGUUUUCCUGUUUUGCACCUUUUACAGCCUUUACCACUGUGUAUGUUUGCAAACACCAAAGGAAAGGAGAGGUGUGCAGGAUGUUACCAUAAAUGCAGCUGCUAUUCACAGGGCUGAAAUGCAAAGCACAAAGAAUAGUUAUGUUAAGAACUACUAAGUAGUUUAUAGAAGUAGGGGGAAAUAAUACUGCUUUUUAUUAUUCAUGUCUUUAAAUCCUUUUUCAGAAUAAGUGCCAAUUACUGAAGUUGUAAAUAAUGGUGCCUUAACUUCAUAUGCUUCCCUGGCACUUCAUUCUGAUUUUUUUCCUGACCUGAUAAAUAAUUAGUAAGUAGUUUUCACUUAUUUGCAACUUACUAACGACAAGAAAUUAUGUACACUUAACUAAUGUUUUUCCCACAGAAAGAUCAUUUUUCUAAUUCUCAUGUGUGGCUUAGUUAUUUAAACAGCGAUUUUUGUUGUUUUUGUUGCCCAGUGACUGACUGAGAUUCAUUGAGGUAGCUACACACCAAAUCCCAUCAUUCCAUUAUAAUCCUACAUUUAUUCCCUGGAAGUGUGAGCUGAUGUUUGGGCAUUCCACUUCCAUAUUAUCUAUACUCCACUCCCUCAUUAAACAGGUGGAAAUUGUUCACCCACAUUACCCAUUCCUGUUUGGUAGAAGACCUCUACGAGUAGGGCAAACUCUUUACAAGAGGCCCAGGACAAGAAUUCUAGGGUCCAGGCUGAACUUUAAUGUAGACUUUUAUGGCAGAAUUUGUCUUACGAGUGGUCUAACUUGCAUUUGUAAAAUACUGUACAUUCAUAGGAAUUACUUUCCUCACUAAGUGGGAUUCAGAAUCAUAGGAACAUGAUUGAUAUUAUUCUACAAUAACCAUUAAGAAUAAGAUCAUUUUUUCAAUUCAUUCAACUUCACACAUAAUUUUGUGUCUAGUUUGGAUAAAUACAUAUAUGUAACAUUAAUUCUCAUGGCUAGAAUAGAAAUUCAGACACUUUUAAAUGGUAGUAGAGAUUGUAGCCUUCUAGUUGCUGUGAGAUAACUGUCAAAAUAUGCAGUGAAGAAUACUUAGAAAGGACAAUCUCCAGCUGAGCUGCCCAGAACAGAAUUUUUAUGAACUGUGCAAAUGUUUAAUGUAAAUGGUGAUACUUGCAGAGCAGAAAUAGAAGAGUUGAGGAUGUAUCAGUGGGACGGGUUUAAAAAAAAAAAACUUGAAAUUUUUGGUGCCUAACACUAAUGGUCCAUUUGUAGGAAACUCCUUAAGUAUGAUACAUUCAUUUUUUAAAAUGUUAAAAUGUGUUAUCUAUUUAAUAAGUUAAUUAAAAUGCAGAUCAAAGCACCACCAUUUAUUUGCUUUCCACAUAGUUAACAUUUCCUUAAAGUGUGUGUUUAGCUUUGCAAAUAUGUGAAGAAAUAUUAGGUAUUUUCACUUAAGCUUUUGAGACCUAAUUCCAUUCCAUGAAUUGUCACUUAGCCACCAUGAUAAAAAAGUACUGUCUUGGUAAAAGGUCACUGUUAAUUGGACUUAAUGUAUACUGUCUAUUUGCAGUCUGUUACAGCAGUGUCUUUUAGCACAAAUAAUAGAGCUAGAAAAUGUGAUGUCAUUUUUCACUUACAAGAAAUCUGGGUUCUUAUCUAAAAGUGUAUAUUAUGAUUAAUACUGUACAGUUAACUGGAGUUCAGAACAAGUGGUAAUGUUUUCUUUUAAUUUAAUUCAUUUUGUGCCUUCUUUGGUCAUUAAAAAAUACACAUUUUACAUAUAUUUUAAUAAGUUAUUUCUUUGUGAAAUGUUAAUCUUCAGCCCUUACCCUCCCCCCGAUGCUCCCAAAAGAAGAAGACAGAGGCGCCUCUUUGCACUACUGCUAUCAAUAGACUUUAAAUCGGCUGUUUUUAAAAUAUUUUUUAAAGCUUGCAUUAAAGUAAACCUUAAAAGUUUAAACAAACUGGCCAAGACACUAAUUUUUAUGUAUAAUCACAAUGUUUUAUACCUAUCUUUAUCAAGUAAAAAUUAUGCUACAUACAAGUAUUGCAGUGUUUUGGGAUUUGAAAAUAAUAGUUUACUCCAAGAACCUGAUAUUUUCUCUACUGAGGAACCCAAUGUAGAACUUGCACUGAUAUUUUUAUUGCUACCUUUGUAAGAAUCGUAGGUAUCUAAAUGUUAAGGCAUGUAUGAUCUUUGAUAAAGUAUUCUUUUAUCUUUUCAAAUUAAAGUUGUAUAAAAGUUUCAAUAUCUUGCCUUAAAUUGGUUGACUAUUCUUUUUAGGAUUCAAGUAUUGUGGAAUUUAGAAAAGGAAAUACUCAAUUUUGAUACUUACACUUCAAAUAAAAAAUGACUGAAGCCUCA